AUGCAAGAGACAUAAAACUUUUCUCAACUAAUUCCAUUAAACGAGAGUAUUUUUGCUUUAAGCAGUUCUGAAAAAUACAACGAUGAAAACUUAGAUUAUUUUUCUGUAGAGUUCUAUGAGUUUUUUAAUACAGAAAAUUAUGAAGAAAAUGCUGAUUCUUCUAAGAAUUAGCAAAUACUCUAAUUCGAAAAACCUUAAAAAACUGAUGAAAAAAAAGAUGACAUCAAUUAAAACUUCCAUAAAAAUUUAAAAAUAACCUAAACUUUGAAACUUAUACAAAAGAGGGUUAAGACUCCUAGAAUUUAUUGUGAAUAAUUUAGAAGAAAGAAAAUUGAUAUGAUCAACCUGAAUGUAGAGGAGGUUAAACUUUUUGAUGAAGCUUUAUUAUUUGGAAAUAUUAAGAUAGAAUCUAAUUAUAAUGAUUAUGACAGCUUGAGUUCUCUAAGCAAAAUUGACACUACUUCUUGCAUCAACAAAAUAGAACAACUUGUAAAAUACUAAAAAAAAGGAUUCUUAGAACUGAUCCUAAACACUACACACUCUAAUUAGCAAAUCCACUUUCGUUUUUUAAUAUUCUAUUUCCGUAAGAUUCAUGAUCAUAACUUUUAACGCCUUUCUCAUAGCUUAGCAGAGUAUUCAAAACUUUUAUAAAAUAAAGUUCUUCCUCAUAUUAUAUAAAUAAGACGUUUAUUUUUAGAAUCGCCAGAAUUUGUAGAUUAAGCCUUUCUCAUUUACUCGAACAUAGAAGAAAAGAUAAAAUAAAGAAUGAUGAACUCAGUUAAGAAUACAAAAUUUUAUAAAAUUUGUCUACUGAAGUUGAAUUUCUAAAGCAAAUAACUCGAUUUAGCCUCAUAGCGAGUCAGUUAUAACCUAUUAGAACUACUCGGAAUUCAUGAAAAUAACAUUGAUAGAGUUUAUAAUUGGUCUCCAUAAUCCCUUAUAAAUUUCGAAACAAAUUAUAAAGGUUAGCAACGCAUAGAAAACACUAUAUUUCAAUUAUAAGCUUUUACUUAAAAGCAAGAUAAUUGGUAAAGCUCUACGACAGUAAUACAAACUAUAGAUGGCAUAGAUAUAUAAGCAGUGUGUUAGUAAUAAUAUUAUUACUUGAAUGAUAUUGGAAUUGAGAUCCCUAGCUGGGUUCAUUACUUAGAUAUUGUUGGAGUGGUAUUAAAGUAUGAUGUUUCGCCCGUUUAAUUGUAAACUGUAAGUAAAAUGAGAAAAGGAUUCGAGUUAAAUUUGAACCUCAAAGAUGUUGGUAUAGAAAAAAACUACACUAGUAAUAUCCCACUUGAAAACGGAAAGUUAAAAUAAUUAGAAAGCUAAAUGUUAAAAGAAAUUUUUAUAGAGUAAUACUACCCUUAAUUAAUAAUAGCAAACAACAAAGAUUUUAAUUUUACCCCAGAUUUCACUAGUGAAAACAAUAAAUAUAAGCCUUCCCUAAAAAAAAAUAUAAAAAAAUCUAAAUCUAAAAUUAAAAAUAAAAUUUGA